GGGGGGUAUCUUUGUCACACCUCCAAGAAGUAGGAGACGGCAGUAGCACCAUGGAUCGGCGUUUCCGGCUUAGCCGCUACCGCUUCGCCUCUGCCAUGAGCAGCAUUGUGAACAAGUACAACUUUCCCUUUGAAGAUGAUAUGGUUGUCUCUAUCAAAUCAUUGACUUAUGAUACAUAUGAUGGACCAAAGGUUUGGGGAGAAGAGCCAAGUGAUGAAAUUUUAGAUAAAUCUGAUGAGAACAGCAUACAAUGCCAAGAAAACCUAGUACAAAAGCAGAACUCUGAUUUUGAAGAAGACUAUACAGAUGAUCAGUAUAAGAACAUAGCUUAUGUGAGAGGCCACUUGCCAUUUGAGGAACAUCACUUCACAAACUUACAUGAAGAGAGUCAGUUCAGUCCAGGUGACAAAAGGAAUGCUGAGUUGGCAUCUAUUAAAUGGCAUUUGGCAAAUAUACAUAUCAAGGAGAACAUCCCACUUGAAUGCAAUUCUAGAACACCUGUGAAGAAUAAGUGCAACGUAGAAAUGGAUAUGCUGUUGGAAGAUUGUACCAGCUCUGUUCCAACAACGCUUACGGUCACAAGAACAGAACCAAGAAGUAUUAAUCAGUUGUUUCCUUUGCAGGAAAUGGAAAAUAAAUCCUUUAUUGGGUAUGAUGUGGUCCAGAGGAAGCAGCUAUCAUCUGUAUCAUUGAGAUCUCCAGAACUGCCCAAUUCUGCUACUUCACAUUCAUUGCAUGGGACAAUUGUGCCUAAAAAUCAGCCCCUUUGUGUUACCAAUGAAACUGGCCACAGUAGUUUUUUGGAAAUGUAUGAAUCUGCAGAUGAAAACUGUUCAUGGAAUAAUGUCACAAUAGCAGACUUGUAUCCAGGAAUGGUGAAGACUCUUAGCAGACUGUUGCAUAAAGUAUCCCACACAGCUUCCUCCAAUUCAUUAAUCAAGCGGUACAAAUAUGGAUAUUGGCAUUCUAAAAAAACAAAAUGUAAUACCAACACAGAGAGAGCAAGAAAAUCCGGAGUACUAAAACUGAAGCCUGGCUUCUUUGCCGAAAAUGAUGAGAAGCAGCACAAAUUAUCUAUGGGAAAUAAUGGCCACAACAGUCCUUUUUGCAAUUCAAAGCAACAGAUACAAUGCUCAGAAAAAAGUAUAUCCAGAAGAGAAUCUACUGUAUCUCAGAAAUUAGACAGAAUGGAAAUAGACUGUUCUGGCAUUGCAGAAGAUUAUUCGUACAGUGAACAAACUGGAAAUGUUGCAGAGACAACUGUUUUACCUACAACUCUUUAUACAGAAAAAACAUUUUUGGUCAAAAGUACAGCUUGUUUCCCUUUGUCUUCAGACAGUGUAAAAAAGAAUCAAAGUUUUGAAGACUGUUCCCGUACAGUUUGCACUGUAGAUUCAGACACAACUUUUAAUCCAGUAGCAGAAGGUAAAACUGGGGAACUGAGCAUGGCGGCAUUCAAAACUACCUCAUGUUUAAGUUUGCCCUUGAAUAACAAUACAAACUCUGUUUUACAAACUUCCACGUCUCCACUGAAAACCUCUGAUGGACUACAGAGAAACCAUGAAAUUAAAACUUUCACUGCAACUGUUUCACUACCACGAAGUCAUUCUUUUUCAUCAUUUCAUAUUAACCAAAGUCCCAUCUCUGUUAAUCAGAAAUAUGAAGAUGCAUUUGAAAAAAUGUAUAAGGAAUUGUGCUCUCCAAAGCUGCAGAAACCAUUUAAGUUUUCAGAUAUAUACACAAGCCCUAGAAACUCUGCAGAAGUACACAUUUCUGGUUUAAAUAAUUUGUCCUCAAACUUCCAUAAAAAAACAAAUAAUACGAUUGAAGAUAUAUACCAGAAAUUAUGUUCUGAAGGGUUUCCCAAAAUUCCAACAUUUCUAAGAGCAGCAAACUUAAAAAAAUAUGAAGGAAUGCAAAUAUCUGAGACUGUAAAUGCCCUUGUUAAUUCUCCAAUAAGAACUCUACCUGCUGUUGCCAGAAUUAAAAGAGCAGCACAUUUCUGCAGUGAAGAUUCUCAGUCUUCACCUUUAAAAAGGUUAAAAAAUAAAUCUGGUAAUUCGUAUAGAGUGUGUCAGAAACUACCUUGCUGGAAAAGCAUUAGAACUGAUGCAACUUUCACAUUGCAGCCACCUGUUAAAAACAGUUGGGCAUCAAAUAUGAAUUACGGAUUUUCUGUUUCUUCAGACCAUACCUUUCUGGCCGCUUCAGUUGCUGAUAUGGAAGAAUCCAGGAUCUCAGAUAUGAAUGAAAAUAUUCCCAAGUGUUUGCAGAGUUAUGAGAUUCCAAGAAAAUCACAAAAUUAUAUACCAAAAGUUUCCAGAAAGCUGAGCUAUAAUGAUGGGAGAAUCAAAAGCAAAGAACUUAUACCGAAAGUCUAUGAGGGACUAUUCCUGGAAGGAUAUGGAGAGGAAAAUAAUGUUUUUUAACAAAAUCUGUAUUUUGAUCCAAGGGUUUCUGGACAGAACAUAGAUUCAGUGGAAUAUUCCUGAACUAAAAUGAGGAGAAACAUUUUUUGCCAGUUCUUUAACCUUUCAACUCAUCAGCUCUAGCAAAGAAUAGUGCAGAAGGCUGCUGAGAACAGGAAAAAAUAACAAACUCUACUGAUAUGGUUCAUUACCCAAUUCCAUGCAAUUAUUCUCUGCCAUUUGAGGACUGCAUAUCCAUCAAAUAAUUGAAUGGAGACUAUGUUUCUACAAUUCAACAGUUCAGCUUAUCAGUCUUUUUCCUUCGUGAUGG